AUGGGCAUCGUCAAGCAAGUCACCCUGCUUGAGGCGGGUCUGCGCUCGAGGAGACGGGAAGGAGGGACGAGCACCACCACAAAGACACGGAAGGAGGUGAAAAGCUGCCCAUCCACGCCUUUGACGCGCCGCUCGUCAUCUCGCAUUGCAAAUCAGCCCCCUGAGAACAAAGGACUGACAGGGGAUGAGCACGAGAGCCACGGGCGUUUGGUGAUGGCAACAAGCAUCAUAGACCCCGAGCACGAGCAGCGCUGGUCGGAGUAUGUGAGCAAGCACCGCUGCGACAGCCAGAGCCGCGGCUCUGUCUAUGACAGCAAAGCUGGGAUCUGUUGCCACUUCUGCCGGCAGAAGAAGCUGUGUGGCGAGCCUGAAUGCCGCCGCUGCACAGAGCGCAACCCGGAGCUCUCCUGUCUUGGCAAGUCUGAGUGCACGAGGUGCGGAUCUGCCACUGGCCGCUUCUGCCGCGCAUGCCUGCUAGUCAGGUAUGGCAUGACAUUGGAGGCGGUCCACGAAGAGAUGGAGGCCGGCAGCUGGCUCUGCCCCCACUGCUACGAGGAUGACCACCCAGAUGAGGGCUGGAUCUGCAACUCCUCCAUCUGCAUGACCAGGCGCGGCCUCAAGCCGACCGGCAUCGCCAUCUAUGAUGCGCAGGAGAAGGGCUUCGCAUCAGUCGCGCACUACGUCCAGGCACAGCAGCUGGCGCGCACAGGCAAGAAGCUGACAGCAGCGCCCAAGGCAGCAGCAGCCAAGGCGCGCAGCACGGCAGCUGCGGUCGACACUGUGGAAGCCCAGCCAGUCCUGGGAUCCGCAGGCAGGCCAGUCAGCGUUUCACCAGGCACGCCCAUUAAGACCGAUGCAGCUGCCCAGGAGGGCAAGGGGCAGGGCAGCUCGCAGGCAUCCUCUGAGGAGACACAGCUGCUCGCUGAGCUGGCGGGUGACGACGACGCUGACAGUGCGAAUGCAUGCGCGGGCGCGGCCAGAGAGCAGGACGCGCCAGGCAAGGAAAAUCUGCCGGCCACAACCGCCGUGCCGCCGCACGCCGCUGGCCUGACGCCAGUCAAGCGGCCACUUCUCGCAAAGAUGCCAGCUUCAGAGGGACGGAUCACACGGAGGCAAGCCAGGGAGGCGCACAACGUCACGCCAGCCGAGCAGGGCAGCAGUAAGGCUGCCGCCCCGUGCGCACCUGCUGGCCGCUCAUUGCGCCGGCGUUUGGUCACCUAG